CUCUCACUCCCUCUCUCUCCGCUGCGCGUUCACAGCACUAACCUUGGCUCGACGUCAGAGCCUGUGCAGCAGUGCAGUAUAAUGGGAGCGCAAGCAACCCAGAGCGCCUCAUAGGGGGCUGUAUAUCGCUGCUGUAUCCUCUGCUUGGCGCUCUCUCGCCCCUCUCCAUCCCUCUCAAGCAGCUCACCUCCAGCUCAUGCUCGGGCUCCCCCCUCCUCUCUGGAUCCGUACCCUUCGACAUGGACGUCCCGCCGUCCCUCGACCCGGAGGAUUGUUGCUUCUUGGCGCAGUGAAGGAGGAGAAGGGGAAGGAGAAGAAGGAAUCAUGCCGGGACUGCUAAUGGAUUUUGGGAAAGCGCAAGUGACCAUGCCGUGAUCUUGCGCAUCCAGGGCCGCCGUCACCCUGCCUUGCCCAACGUCCGUAGAAGAAUCACGGGGGAAUCGAACCCGCGCACCGGGUGGAUUAAAACCACUGUGCAUUUUUUUAAAAACAACAUGAAGAUUACCUCCCAUCAUCUGAUGAUAACCAGUCUCGUUUUCAGGUCCAACCUCAGGCUGAUCCCGCUUCUGCUGCUGUUUCUUGGUUACUCUCGCGGGAUGCCGCACGUUUUAAGAUUUGGAGGAAUAUUUGAAUCCAUUGAGAGCGGCCCCUCCGGGGCAGAGGAACUCGCCUUUAAAUUUGCCUUGAACACAAUCAACAGGAACCGCACCUUGCUCCCCAACACCACCCUGACCUAUGACAUCCAGAGAAUAAACAUCUUCGACAGCUUUGAGGCCUCAAGGAAAGCAUGUGACCAGCUUUCCCUCGGCGUGGCGGCCAUUUUUGGCCCCUCACACAGCUCGUCUGCCAAUGCGGUCCAGUCCAUCUGCAAUGCUCUGGGAGUGCCCCACAUUCAGACCAAGUGGAAGCACCAAGUAUCCGACAACAGAGACUCGUACUAUGUCAGCCUGUUCCCAGACUUCUCGUCACUCAGCAGAGCCAUCCUCGACCUGGUGCACUUCUUCAAGUGGAGAACCGUCACUGUUGUCUACGACGACAGCACAGGUACAGGUCUCAUUCGACUGCAGGAGCUGAUCAAGGCACCGUCACGAUACAACAUUCGUUUGAAGAUUCGACAGCUGCCCACAGAGACCAAGGAUGCCAAGCCACUUCUGAAAGAGAUGAAGAAAGCAAAGGAGUUCCAUGUCAUCUUUGAUUGUGGACAUGAGAUGGCUGCCUGGAUCCUAAAACAGGCCCUGGCAAUGGGUAUGAUGACGGAGUACUACCAUUAUAUUUUCACUACCCUGGAUCUUUUUGCCCUUGACAUGGAACCAUACCGCUACAGUGGAGUCAACAUGACCGGGUUCCGCAUCCUCAACACAGAAAACUCUCAGGUGUCGUCAAUCAUCGAGAAGUGGUCAAUGGAGCGACUGCAAGCUCCGCCCAAACCGGACUCUGGUCUGCUGGAUGGAUUCAUGACGACUGAUGCAGCGCUGAUGUACGACGCUGUGCACGUGGUGGCGGUGGCGGUGCAGCAGUCGCAGCAGAUCACCGUCAGCUCCCUGCAGUGUAACCGACACAAGCCGUGGCGCUUUGGGGGGCGUUUCAUCAGCCUCAUCAAAGAGGCGCACUGGGAUGGCUUGACUGGACGUGUUCUCUUCAAUAAGACCAACGGCCUGAGGACAGACUUUGACCUUGAUGUCAUCAGUCUGAAGGAGGAGGGGUUGGAAAAGAUUGGAACGUGGGAUCCUCCCAGCGGCCUGAACAUGUCGGACAAUCACAAAAGCAAGACGUCCAACAUCACAGACUCUCUGGCUAAUAAAUCCCUGCGUGUAUCCACCAUACUGGAGGAGCCAUAUGUGAUGUUUAAGAAGUCCGACAAGCCUCUGUAUGGGAACGACCGUUUUGAGGGUUACUGUAUCGACCUGCUGAGGGAGCUCUCGGGCAUCCUGGGUUUCCGUUAUGAGGUGCGACUGGUGGAGGAUGGGAAGUACGGAGCCCUGGACGAGGGCACGGGACAAUGGAACGGCAUGGUGCGGGAGCUCAUGGACCAUAAAGCAGACCUGGCUGUGGCUCCUCUGGCCAUCACCUACGUCAGAGAGAAGGUCAUCGACUUCUCCAAACCCUUCAUGACGCUCGGGAUAAGUAUCCUGUACCGCAAGCCCAACGGCACCAACCCCGGGGUCUUCUCCUUCCUCAACCCCCUCUCGCCCGAUAUCUGGAUGUAUAUUCUGCUGGCUUGCUUGGGUGUCAGUUGUGUGCUGUUUGUCAUAGCCAGGUUUAGCCCGUACGAGUGGUACAACCCGCAUCCGUGCAACCCCGACUCGGAUGUAGUGGAAAACAAUUUUACGCUGCUCAAUAGUUUCUGGUUUGGAGUUGGGGCUCUCAUGCAGCAAGGCUCAGAGCUCAUGCCCAAGGCCCUGUCGACUCGGAUAGUGGGCGGUAUCUGGUGGUUUUUCACCCUCAUCAUCAUCUCCUCGUACACGGCCAACCUGGCCGCCUUCCUCACCGUGGAGAGGAUGGAGUCGCCCAUCGACUCGGCCGACGACCUGGCCAAGCAAACUAAGAUCCUGUACGGGGUGGUGGAGGACGGGGCAACCAUGACGUUCUUUAAGAAAACCAAAAUCUCCACCUAUGACAAGAUGUGGGAGUUCAUGAACAGCAGGAGGCAGUCUGUGAUGGUGAAGAACAUCGAGGACGGCAUCCAGCGCGUCCUCACCUCCGACUACGCCUUCCUCAUGGAGUCCACCACCAUUGAGUUUGUCACCCAGAGAAACUGCAACCUCACACAGAUCGGAGGCCUCAUAGACUCCAAAGCGUACGGAGUGGGAACACCUAUGGGCUCUCCGUACAGAGACAAGAUCACAAUAGCCAUUCUGCAGCUGCAGGAGGAAGGGAAGCUGCACAUGAUGAAGGAGAAGUGGUGGAGAGGGAACGGCUGCCCCGAGGAGGAGAGCAAAGAGGCCAGCGCUCUGGGGGUGCAGAACAUCGGCGGCAUCUUCAUCGUGCUGGCUGCAGGACUGGUGCUGUCAGUGUUUGUGGCGGUGGGGGAGGUCCUGUACAAGUCCAAACAGAACGCCCAGCUAGAGAAGCGAUCAUUCUGCAGCGCCAUGAUGGACGAGCUGCGCGUCUCUCUGAAGUGCCAACGCCGCCUCAAACAGAAGCCUCAGCCGCCCGUCAUCGUCAAGACGGAGGAGGUCAUUAACAUGCACACGUUCAACGACAGGAGACUCCCAGGGAAGGAAACCAUGGCAUGAACACUGGGAAAAACCCCUGAAAGAAAGUGCGCCCUCGAUUCAAACCGCUGAGGGGCCCGCGGGGGUUCGAAUCAAUGCUGACUCAACGGCAGACUGAGGUUAGCAGUCCAAACAGGAUUCUUUUGAACCCACUCGCUUAUGUAGACAGAUGUUUCCUGUGGAAAUAUAGAUACCUGAGCAGUGUCACCUCACUGUGACGUUCACUAGAAGGGAGCUGGAAAGGAAGGAAAGGACUGAAAAGUGUGUUCAUUGAAAAGAGGAGAUAAAGAAGGUUUUUGGGGACAAAAGGUAAAUGUAGUCCACACUAGAAGUGGACUUAAACACACACAUAACACACACCUAUAUGCACACAUACACACACAGACAUGUGACACCUGUGCAGACGGGGCAAACUCUUAUUGUGACAGUAACACCUGAUGUAGUUUUUCUGUUGAUGUCAAAGCCCUUUUGUCUUACCUCCAUGUGUGUGUGACCCCAUCUGCCCCCCUCCCCCCCCCUCCCUUCAGUGGCUUGAGUUUCUUUCAAAUGAUUUUAAAAUGAUAAUCUCACACCAUGAAAGGGAACGGUAGUCAGUGCCAAAUGGUUUACUAUGAACUGAUGUAUAAAGUGAUGUUUAGUUUGAAAUCAUCUAUGCUGACCUUGUCAAAUGCUCAUCAUUCUCUUCUGUAACGCCUUUCUCGUGCCAAAGUUCUUCCAUCGCUAAGAACUUUCUACCAGGCCUGUAAACUGUCAAAGUCCUUAUUCAUGUCCGCCCUCAUACGCUGUCUGCAGUUUUCACUCUGUAUCAGUUGUUGUUUAAAAUGCAGGAUUUCUACAAAAAUGUUUGUUUUUGUACAAGAACAAGAAGUUUUGUAGUACUUUGUAUCAUGGUAGCCCCCUCCUGUGGACAAAAUAUGUAGCAGAUACCAACUCAGCCCUCAAACUCUGUCACGCGUUGGCGAUCGGGCUUCAAACUCUGCUGUGUAGGGAUCAUCAUCUCUCAUCGUUCAGAGACUCAGUCUUUUGUCGGUGGGUAUCGUGGGGCCAGCUGUGCGUGCUAUCUGGGGACAAUGUGAUGGGUUAUUUUUAGUGGGUAAGGGCAAAUAAACUGUAAACAUUUUAGCGGUGCUCAAUGAAGGAAAGGUAGUGACUCAUUCUUAAAACUGGAACAGUCCUUUCAGCAAAGUCAUUCUGACAACAAGUAGCCAUGAUGAGUCACUAUGAUAGAUGUAGUAAAGCUAGGAAAUGUUGCUUUGUUGAAGAUGAAUAUAGCUAAAGUUUCCAGGGAACAGUGUAGGCUUUGACUAUUAUCAAGUCCUGAAGAUUUAGACAUAAUAAAGUAAAAGAAUUGCACUUACAGAUGUCAAAUGUGACUCAAUGCUGGAAAAUUAUGAAACAAGUAAGCCCGGGCACAAGAUGAGUCUGCAAGCUCAUUUUUAAAUGAUUUGGCUGAUAUGUCUGGUUUCUCACUCCAGACUGAUUUCCACCUGACCUGGCUCAUGUCGACCAAUAAGAAACCUUUAUCUGUUAUCACGUUUAUCACGGUUUGAGAGUUGUUGACUCAUUUCCAUAAACAAUGACGAAGGCUCCCACCAAUGUUGAAGGUUCUCAAAUAUUAAAGUAUCCACUCAGUGUUAAAUCGUUUCUAAUCUUACAUUUAACCACGAUGUGUUUCCUUUAAAUCAAAAAUAUGCCGGGGAACAGACAGCCUAUGUCCCGCCCCAUGUACGGAGGUAUAGUCCACCAAGCGUGCGGCUGGGUUCAAGUCCGACCUGCAUUUCCCACAUGUCUCUCCCCACUCUCUCUCUCUCUCUCACUCACCCUCUCUCUCUCUCUCUCUCUCUCUCUCUACUCUAUCCACUGUGUGAUCUAAAAUAAAGGCAAAGAAUAUCCUUGAAUCAAACUUCCUCACAUUAUGUUGAAUUGGGUGCUGUAUCAUUAAAAUGUUGGCUCCAGCUACCUAGCCUAGAAGCAUGUGUUCUUUGCUGUGAUUGGUUGUAGCGUCCAAAAAAGGCUUCUUUUUUUUCGUCUGCGCCCAUUGAUUACGACUUUUGGAAAUUGGAAAUUCAACGGAACAGUUCCAGAGUCAUUUGCAUUUAUGGAUUCUAUAAUACGAGGCUAGAAAUAAGUCAAUUCUCAUAGUUGAAACAAUCCUACAACGCUGAAAUAUUAUUUUUUAUUAAUGGAACUUAAUAAGAGUAGAAGAAAAUGAUACUAAGCUGUGGAGAGGAAAACUAUCAACACAACUUUUUUUUUAUGGCUGCUUUGAAAUUUAAAAUAUCCCCUUUCACUUGAUGGCUAAUGGAAUAUGCUCAGUUUAAAAUGUUAUCUUCACGUUCCAAAUGUUUAGCCAACAGGGAAGAGAGCGUAUUAAAAUUUAAAACUCUCACCAGUCCAACUAGGAAACUCAUGAAAUGUAAUUAAGAGCUCCUCGACAGCUACAAAGUUACAACAUUGUUUUCUAAACUUUUGUUCCAAGCGUUAGGGACUCAUUUUAACCUCAAUGAUGGGCAACUUGUGAAUGUAUGUGAAGAGUUCAGAUGCAGUACGUGGGAAUGCUCGGCAGUUAUGAGACUCUUAAUGUAUGUUCGCAUCAUAAGUGUCUCACCUUUGGUCAUGCGCAGGUGUUUCACUCCUGUUUCCUCCAGGGGACUUGAACAUUUAUCCUCUAAUUGUCUCCAGAUGUGUUCUUCAUCUUAAAUCAACACGAUCACAUUUGGCCCCACGACACGUUCUCUCCGUUAUCUCUGUUUAUGUUGUUAAAUGACAAGCAAACUUGGUAGGCAACAUCUUCACUUCCCCUCACUCCCCACACAAACCCAAUCAUCUUUCAACCUGUUAAUCCUGGGAAUUCAGAGAUAACAAACACCCACACCCCGGCCAAAGCUAGUGAUGACAUCUCUGCUGUACACAAAUGGAAAGUUAAUGACUCAUUUGAGGCGACCGCAUUAUGAUAAUUGACAGGGAAGAAGACAUAAUCCUGAAACUCAUUGGCCUUCUACCAAUGCUGCUUGUCAUUUCCUCGCAUCUGUAUCUCGUGGUGCCAGCUGAAGUGAUUGAAUACCUGGAAACAUUUCUUUGAAACGCCUCCAAAGGAUUUGCUGUCCUGUCGGGAAAACAAAUACGAGCUCAUGGAAUUCAACAUUGAUGCAAGGUUUUACAAAUAAUGUCAUUAAAAAUGUCAUAAUUGUA